GUAUCUGCAUGAUGUCAUGUGGGUGGAGCCGCAGCUUCGUGUUCCAGCUCAGGGCCGAGGUUCGGUUUAUUGUUCUCGGUUUCAGGAGGAAAAUAUCCCGCGGUGUAAGAUUCUAAACAUGACGCACAUCCCGGGUCAGCCCGUUACUGCGGUGGUGCAACGGAUUGAGAUUCAUAAAUUGCGAGAUGGGGAUCAUUUAAUAUUGGGUUUUAGCAUUGGAGGGGGAAUUGAUCAAGAUCCCAGUCAGAAUCCAUUCUCAGAGGACAAGACAGACAAGGGAAUUUAUGUCACAAGAGUAUCGAAAGGAGGACCAGCAGAAGUUGCAGGUCUCAUGAUGGGGGAUAAAAUAAUGCAGGUGAAUGGUUGGGAUAUGACCAUGGUGACCCACGACCAAGCACGAAAACGACUAACAAAAAAGAAUGAAGAUAUCGUCCGCUUACUGGUGACAAGAAAAUCUCUGGAGGAUGCAGUCAGACAGUCCAUGAUGCAACACUAAGAGAACUCUGAAACACUUUUAUUAGUGCGAUUACUUGUACACAGUAUGUAACUUUUUCAUAGAAGUCAAGCCAAAGAGCAAAAAAAGAUGUCAUAUUUAAGUAGCACCUCAAACUUACUGUGUUUUUUCCAGACAGAUUGAGUCUACAAAAUGUUUCAGCUUCAAAUCUACACUGAGAUUAUAAUUUAGUAAUAUUUCUAUUACACUGGUAUGUCUCUAAUGCACUAUUCUCGUUCAUUCCUUUGGGUUGAUCACACACACUACAUGAUUCUCGCUGCGGCAAUAAAAAUAAGUUCAUGGGUCUAUUCUAUUUUUCUGUCUCCGUUUUUUGUUCAUAGAUUAAAAUGGCUACCUGUGGGUUUAUAUCAGUUAUUCAUUUCAGUUGUAUUUUUAUGACCUGAAAUGGUUCUGCACAAAGGAGCAUGUUUAUUAUAUGCAAUUACUUUCAAAAGACCACUAAUAUUUUCUGUUGAUUUGUUGUAGGAUGCUGUAAACCUCUACACGUUUGUCUACUUAUCUGUGUGUUUGAGACUCACUUUGUCUGUGGAAUAUAAACGUUUCGUACUUUCAGUUAUGCUGUGGUACACAAGACCAAUAACUUUGUAUUUUCCAUGUAUUGUCUGUAUUUGAAAGAAGACACAAAGGCCUUAUCAAUUCCACAUUAUAAGAAAACCUUGUAUUUAGUGACUAUUAAUUUGCUAUUUUCAGGAAUUAUGACACUGUCUUGUUAAUUGAAUUGCUCAAUCAAAGACAACUGUUUUCCACUUUGAAUAAAUAAGUGAAUCCUC